AUGAGCGUCACAUUCGAAGUUUUCCGCGGCUCCAAGGAGGGCAAGAUCGUUGCCGACAAGACCACCCGCACUCUGGGCCCCAACGAGGUCUACAUCGAGACCACCCAUUCCGGUCUUUGCGGCACAGACGAGCACUUCCUGCACUCUGGUCAGGUCCUUGGACACGAGGGUGUCGGUGUUGUGCGCCAGAUCGGCCGUGACGUCACCAACGUCAAGGUUGGUGCUCGUGUUGGAUUCGGAUAUACUCACUAUGUGUGCGGAACCUGCGAGAAGUGCCUGAGCGGCUGGGACCAGUACUGUGAGAACAAGAAGGAGUACGGUACUCACGACCACGAUCUUGGUUCCUUCGGUGAGGGUGUUGUCUGGGAUGCUGGCUGUGUGGUCCCCAUCCCCGACAACUACGACUCCGCUGAUGCAGCUCCUCUGAUGUGCGCUGGCGCCACAGUCUGGACCUGCUUGACCGAGUACGGUGUUCGCCCUACGGAUCGCGUUGGUGUCAUGGGUAUUGGCGGUCUCGGUCACUUGGCCAUCAAGCUGGCCGCUGCCAUGGGCUGCCGCGUGGUCGUCCUGUCCAGCUCUGAAGCUAAGCGCGAAGAGGCUUUCAAGUUCGGUGCCUCCGAGUACCACGUUUUCAAGGCUGGUGAGCAGAUGAAGGACUUCAAGCCUGUGAACCACCUGCUCCUUUGCGGCAGUGCCAGCGUUGACUACCAAUCUCUCAUUCCCUUGAUGGAUGUCCACGGAUCAAUCUACCCCUUGACCGUCGACCUGGCUCCCUCGCCUGUCCCUCUUCUCCACAUGAACCUCAAGGGUGUCCGUGUCCAGGGCUCUCUCGUUGCUUCUCGCCGCAGCCUGCGCUCCUUGGUCAAUUUCUGUGCCGAGAAGAAGAUCACCCCGACCACCAUGACCUUCCCCCUGGAUGUUGAGGGUGUCGAGAAGGCGAUGCAGACCCUCCGUGACGGUAAGAUGCGAUACCGUGGUGUUCUUGUCCGCCAGUGA